AUGGCAAAUCGCGAUGAACCGAUGGAUAUAGACAGCUUAGAGAGUGAUUUUGAUAAUAAAGAGAAUACAUAUCACAAUAAUGUGUUACCAUGUACAGAGAAAGGAUAUGAGGAGUUGGAUGUGUCAGAACUCAACAUGAAAUUGAGGUAUUCUAUAACCCCAGCCGCAUCACCUAUGUCGAGGAGCUUUACUAACUAUACUAGCAAUAGAAGCCUUGAUAAUGAUGAUUCACUAAAUUAUUCCAGCAAUGAAAAUAAUUUGACUCGAUCUUUAAAUUCUAAUAUAUCAAAGAAUGAAAAUGUGGUAAAAUCUCUUAAAACAUUGCCUCUCCAGUCACUUCCCACUGACCAAGUAGAUCGAAUAACAAUUUUACAACAGUUGGAUAGUGUUGAGUUGACGGGUGAUACUCAUGAUAUCACUGUAACUGUUAGUAAAACAAACGAUGAUGAAAACAUAUCACUAGCAAGUUCAUCAUCUUCAGCAUUACACAGUCCUGAUGCAACAACACCAACAAAAGAACCCGAAAAAAAUGAAAAUGAAUCUCCAAUAAUGAGAGGUCUCAAGAGCGUACUUAAUAUUUUUCGUUCUUCACAAAGCCCUAUACCCCCUGGAGAUAAUGAUGUGGGAUCAAAUCAAAUUUCACCUAGACUAGAAGAAUGUUCAACACCUAAAACUGAAGAGACAACUGACAAGACAGCCUCUGCGUCCACUCCUAUCGUAGCUCAUAGAAAUAAAGAUUUAAAUAUAUCCAACAGGAACAGUCCAUACAAAGAAAGUGUCACAUUUAAUGAAGACCUUGAAAAAGAAUUACUAUGGAAAGACGAAACAACAAUAUUGUUCAGUCAAGAAAAGAUUCCCGUACACAAAUUGUUUUUAACUAAAACAACUGAGAGUCAGUUGAAAAAUGUAACUGAAACACAUAAUCAAAAUCUAAAUAAAACGGUUGAGUAUAUGGAUAUGUCGUUCAAUGAUAUGCUGGAAGACAAAACUCUAACUGAAUCUGAGAAUUUUAAAAAUGAUUGCAGCACUGUCGAAUCUGAUAGUGAAUUUGUAGAUUGUGAGACGACAUUUACGAAAGAUGAAAACCAAAAAGAAAAAAAUAAUUUUACUGAAGAACAUAUGCUAAAUGAAACUGUCAACAUCUGUGGGACUGACGUUCUUGACAGCUCUGUUAUAGAACGAAAACCAGCUCCUGACGAAAGACAUCAGAGCAAUCUUUUUAAUGCAAUAAAUAUUACUGAAAAUUCUAAUGAAGAGCACUUAAAUCACGAAAAUGUAGUUCAAAUAACACAAAUAGGGAGUAAGUUAAUUUGCCCAAAAGAUUUACAGGAUACAAUAGCAGUAGAUAAUAUUGCUACAAGUGAAAAUCUAGAACACAACUUAGAAUUUGAACUAACACAAGAUAUUUGUAUGGAUUAUGAUAAAGCGUAUGCAAAUAAUGAAACCAUUUGUGUAGAAGCAGUUGUAGAACAGAAUGGAACACAGAGUAAAAUAAACGAACAAGUAAAUAGAACAGAACAUACCCAAGAAAAAGAGUCUACUUCAUGUGAGAAAGAAAGUCAAUUACUUAAGGAAAGUUCUAGUACAGUAACAGAUCUUCCAAAUGUUAAUGUUACUUGUUUGGGUAAUGAAGUAGUGGAUGUAACAAAUAUUGAGGAGAAAAUUAAAUUACCAUGUAAAAGUGAAACAGCUAGUCUAUUUCAAAUGCUAAAAACAAUGCAGGAGACUGAUUUUGUAGAAAAAGAAUCUGAAGAUAUUAAAGAAAAGAAAAUUCUCUUGGACGAAAGUAAUACCAUUAAUGAGGAAAGUGGCUUUGAUUCCUUAGAAAAUAUCACACCAAAAAAUAAUGGUUCGACUCCAGUACACGAGUCAAACGAAGAGAAACCUUAUGUCUGUGUCACUCCAGAGAACUACAUAUUAGUUAAAACACCUGGGGCUCCACUUCCUCGAUUACCUUCAGACGUACCUUUGCCUGAUGAAGAUGAAAUUGAAAAUGACAUCACAAAAUGUUCAAGAUUCCCUAGACCACGUAUUGCAGAACUUGAUAUAAUUGAUGAUAUUGAAACAAUACAAUCUGAAGCCAUGGCUUUAAUUGAUAAUGUUGUUAAUGAGAAAACAAUGUUUUUCCUACAAGAAUUUGGAAAUAAUUUAGAUUGUGAUAUUACUACUUUAGAUAUUCACUGUGAGAAAAAUUUACAAAGCGAUGUAAAUACUGAAGAACUUAAAUUGAAUAACAUAACAAUUAAUCAGAAAGCUGAAAUGGAUAGUACUGUGAAGGAAGAGCAGAAUAUAAGUGAACAAGAUAAUAUAGAAGGACAUCUUGCUGAUGUCGUAGAAACAGAACAAGCUCCACAAGUACUACCUGAUUUAUUGAAUGCGACUGCAACCGUUGUGAAAGCAGAGAAUUGUAACCAAGAAAUUUUGGCUUUAUCAGCAAAUGAAGUAGCUGAUCUUGAUGUCACAUCUAAUGAAGAACAACAGGUCACAAAUGAAAAUCGAACUAAAUUAGACAUCACACCUUUUGAAGCUGAGAGUUCUCCAGAAAAACUAAAAGAUGCAUCUAUGUUAGUCAAACAUCGAGAUCAAAACAAUGCAAUAUACAAUGAAAAUUCCGACAAAAAUGAUGAAAUAAGUGAACUCACUCUGGUUAAUAAUGAAAUUACGAAACCGAUUGAUACAACUGAAGCAAUUCACGAUAUUAAUAUUGUUGACGAAGAAAUUAAAAGUAUGACUGGUGCAAUAAGUGCUCUAGAAGAAAUAUCUAAUGCUAAUAGUGUUAGUUCAGAAGUAAAAAGUACGACUGAUUCAGCUUGUAUGAUUGAAUCUCAAAUAGAGCAUAAGCAAAAUGUAACACUUGUAAACCAAACAUUACUUGCUGAGGAGGACAUACACAAUGGUAAAAAUACGCAAUUAAAAGAAUCUUCAUUAAAACUAGAAAUUAACAUAGAUAGUAAAAUGGCUUUAAAUGACAACAUUUCUACAAUAAAUUUAAACAAAACUCAAGAAUUGGAACUCGGAAUGACUAGUGUUAAGACAACUGAUGAUAAUACAGAAAUUCCAGAAGUAAAGGAAGGCCUAGUUGAUGCUCAAAAAGAAACAGAUAACAUACAAGGUGAAGUAAUGGAUGAUGAGCUCAUAACAUCUGAAAAUAAUAGUCCGUAUGUAUCAGUAGACUUAGACAAGGUAUCCCAAGGUAUGCAAAAUGAAACAAUAGAAAAUUUGCCAAUAGCAAAUUCUCCACCUAUCUCUUCUAAAGGAUACAACUUCAAUUUUGAUGACAUGGAAGAUCCGUUCUCUACGAAGACCAAUAUUCGAGUAUCACCUGCACCAGAAACACCAAUUCAAAGUGUAGAUAGUAAAACAGAUGAUAAAAAAAUUAUUGAACCAUUUAAAAAAAGCAAUCAGAAUAAACGUAAAUCGUAUUUAGACAGAAAAAGAUCUAAUUUGAAAAGAAAUAGUAAAGCAUUUUCGGAGUCAUCAAUGGAUCGUAUAUCUGAUAAUAUCACUGAUCAAAAAGAAAUCGAAUCAAUUUCUCAAAUACAUUCGUUAGAUGUAAAUAAAGUCACAAAAGAUCUAAAUAAAAUUCCUAACACAGUUGAUGAUGAAUCAAAUCAAACUAUAAUUAGUGUGGAAACUGUCGUUAAAAUUGAAAUUCAAUCGGAAACCAAAAGCAACGAAGAAAAACCUAAAGACGAUGAAAUACCUGAAACGAAAAAUGAAUCUGCUGAACAAUGCUAUUCUGAUGGUUUGAAAUCUAGAAACGUUUUCAACUUACCUGAAAUUGAUGACAUGAAUUUUAACCCUUUCGUUACAAAAUCAAAGAUGUGUCAAUCGCCACUACCAGUGCAUGAUGAGAAUCCUUUUGCCACGAGAAGUAAAAUCCAAUCUUCUCCAGAUUCAUCAUUGAUGAUGCAGCAAGACAUUGCUGUGGAAAAUGUUGAAAUCGCAGAAUGUAAACUUGAUGGUACGCAUUUGAUAAUGGAAAAAGACUCUGUAGACAAAAUGGAAACAGAGGCAAUGGAAAAAGACACUUCAGUAAACAUAAGUGUUUCGACUUCAUCAAAAUCAAAUGAUGAUAGUGCUAUAACUACAGAAAUACAUACAGAAGAUGAAGACACCAUUGAAGGCCCCUUCCUUGAACUCGAAGACGAUAAUGAUGCCAAUGCUACUGUGGACCAUAAAAGAACAGACAUGAUGAACUUUAGUGACGCACCGGCAGCAGAGAAUGAUGAAAAUGCUGAAGGUGAAUUGUUCAUUGAUGCGGAAGCCUUUGAGUUCCUCCUCAAUCAAAACAAGACGAAUGUUGUAGCCGAUAGUGGCAAAGAAAGCCUUUUCUUAAAGUUUGAUCCUCUGUUCGCUAAACGGAUGUCUACAGAAAGUAUGGCGGCUGCUCUGCAGAAAAUACAACAGAGGCAAAGCACUCCUACUAAUAAUAUAAACACACAAGAAAACUUUACUAAUGAUGCAGGACUUUCUACCCUCAAUGUUACCUUUGAAACGGACUACCAUAGCAUCACGGGCGACGACCUAAACGUGACUGUUACCAAACCAAUGAUGGUAGUAACUCCGGCUGUGAACCCCGCGCCUACAAGAAAGUCCACAACUCCUACCAGAUCGAACAGACGUUCUAUUACAUUCACGUCUCCCGCCAUGGCCGUUAUUGAUAGACUUCUCUCUCUUAGUGGCAAUAAUACUGUCCUCGAACCGGAGCCGACUCAGUUCAGUCCAGAACAAUACGAAGCGGACUUAGCACUGACCCAACUUCGCGAAAUGUUAGCAGAAAAAGAGACGCACGUUUACAAUUUAAGAUCGGAGAGCAAAGAGCUUAAAGAGAGAUUGACGAAUCUAGAAUCACAAAUGAAAGUUCUAGAAACAGAAGGACAGCAACGGUUGCAAAAGAUAAACGAUUUGAACGAAAAACUCGCCGAAAAGACUAAAAUUAAUAAGAGCAUGGCGGCAGUCGUUGAAGAAUAUGAAAGAACGAUUGCGAGCCUGAUAGCGGAUACGGAACAAGACAAGAAACGACACGCAGAAGAACGCAUAGCUUUGAUUAACGAGAGGGAUGAGCAAACUGCUCACUUGGCCAGCAUGGAGGUCUCAUUCAACGAUCUACACAGCAAAUACGAAAAAAGUAAACAAGUUAUAUUGAGUUAUAAAGCGAACGAAGAAAAAUACAAGAAUUCACUGAAAGAAAUGGAAGAAAACGUCACGAAAAUGCAUAAAAAUUACGAAUUGCUAAAACAGCAUGCGACCUCGAAACUAAAUCACGCCAACGACGAAUUGCAGAGGCUGAACAGAUCUCACGAGGCGGAGGUGGUCAAACUAAACGCUAUGAUCAAACGCAAGGAGCUUCAUAUAACGUCGCUGGAGGAGACCUUAGCUCAGAAAACUAAGGCGAACGAGGAACUGACCGCGAUAUGCGACGAACUCAUAAACAAAGUCGGCUGA